AUGGCGCUUCGCUGUGUAAGAGAACUCGUUAUGGUCGUAACUGCUUUCUUGCUGGCAAUUUGCACUGCCAGUCCCAAUCGGAGUUGGCAGCCCGGCGACGACGACAAUCCUCCUCCCAGUCGAACGCCCAAAACAUUCAUCGUGGGCGGGUCGGCGAAGUGGACUUACGGCGUUAACUACACCGAUUGGGCUAUAAAGCAUAGCCCCUUCUACCAAAAUGAUACUCUAGUUUUCAGGUAUCCUGCUCCCGCCGCGAAAAACAAUAUUUCUGAGAGCGUGUACCUGUUCGACCCGUGGGACUAUUACAGCUUCGCAAAUUGCGACAUUGGCAGUGCGUUCAUGCUGGCGAGUCCGACGGACGGAGAGGGUAAGGGAUUUGAGUUCAAGCUGACCUAUCCUUACAGCGAGUACAUGCCUGCGUUAUUUGGAUCCGGCGAAGGAAAUGGCACCCACUGCAGCGCCGGCAUGAUGAGGUUCGCCGUCUGGCCGUUGCUCGGCUCGGCUUGA